AUGGUCCUUGGCACUCAGCAUACAGAUCUUUCAGCCCCAUGCGAUGCUAGCCAGAGCAGGAAUGCAAAACGACAGAGGACGGAGCAACCCACGCAGUAUUCUGUCUCACUGCAAGAAGUUUCGGGCGCUAUAACGCAUAUGCUUAAUGCCGAUACAAGUAUGAGCAUGGGCUAUAUCUCUCAGUGGAACGAGCAGCUGAUGAGUCUAGUAUGCAGCUUCCAGAAUAGAAUCGACGAUAUGUCUGCAGCCCCUGAGCCAACCGAGAGCCAGCCCAUUUCCACACGAGUAUCGCAGCUGUAUGUGGCACCACCAGGGUUGGCCAGCGAGACUAUCGGUACUUUGGCGCAAAGCGAUCCAGAUAGCUCGACUACUACUUCUCCUGCAGCAUCCCCUUCAGACGAUUCAUCGCGGCAUAUUCCGAUCUCACAACGACUCGGCAGCCGAGUGACAGAAACAGCUAGUCCACUGGCAAAAACAAGAGUGGUAGUAACAAAAUCAGGGCUGCGCUCGACGACAUGCGAGAGUGACUAUAAGCAUCGAGUCCGCCGUAUAUACACGAUGGGUCUGAUGCGACCCAGAGACACCUCCAUGCGCCAGUACUUGGCAGACCACGGGAUUGAUUCUACCUGUGUCAUGUACUCGCACCAUAUCGCCUAUACGGUCAAUGAGUUUAUUGUCAGGGUCAAGUAUGUGCCGACACUAUGUAGAGCGCUAGACAGGAUCGAGGGCGUAGCAGUACUCCGGUUUUUCGAUCCGCUGAAUCCAGACCACCGGGGGCUAUCGUAUGAGCAGCGGCAAUCGUUUCCAAUACUGUACCGCAACUGUGUGAAAGGGAGAUACGACACAGCCAUCACAGCAAGACGGGGCUUCAUCGAGUACGCACUGGACUAUUUAAAGGAGAUUGGUAUUUGA